CUUUGGUGUUCUCGACAACCUUGCGAUCGAGCACGUCCACGACUUUUGGUGUUGAGUUCGCCAGCCGCCAGCCAGCAAUCUGCCACAGCUGCUCACGCUACGCCCCUAAUCUGCGACGUUUCUGUGUACAGAGUUUUGUAUCAGUUUCGAAUAGUUCCGCUGCACACUGGCAUUCCUCACAAUCUGCGUGUAUUUGCAAUUUCGCAGCCAUGGAUGCAAACGAUGCGUCCUCGCCAGGGAGUCUGAGUUCGCCCCCACACUCGCCUGAAGGCACGCCCACGUCCACCACACGAGUUUCCGGCAGUGGUGUUGCUGCAAACACUAGCACCCCUGCAAAUGCGACCUCACCAGCGACACGUCUCACAGCAUCUGGACAGCCACGGAAGAAGCCUGGUCCAAAGCCAAGAGCAAAAGAUCCAAAUGCCCCAGAGCCGGAGAAAAAGACAAGAAAGCCCCGCAAGCCUGCAGAACCCAAAGAUCCAAGUGUACCCCCAGCGCGCAAGCGGAGAACCAAAGCCUCUCUAGAAGCGCAGCCAGCACCAGUUGAAGAAAAACCUGUUGUACAAAAUUCGCCUACUCCUCAACCAAGACCCAGUGAGCCAGUCCCAGUACCGCAACCGCCGGAGCAACCGCCUGCCAUCACACCAGCUCCCCGCGUGUUGAGCACCCAGGAACCCACACUCUACAACAACCCCAACCUUUCUCACAUCAAUGUCGCGCCAUCAACACCACGGCCGUCCAGCUCAGGUCAGCGGUAUGAUCCAAUUCGCGGCGGCAUCAUGGAAGAUAAGCCACAGGUUCCAGCGAGCGCGCCGCCGCCCAUCUCGCCUCCCAUCAACCGUGCGAGUGCAUCGCCAUCCAUAACCAGUCUGAUCGACCCGCCUUCUGCCAGCAAUUCCUUCUUCUCCCCACCCGUGAAGAUGCAGCAGCAGGCAUCCAUCACAUCUGCCCCGCAGUCGCCUGCCAGUUUCCACACUCGACCAGCGUCGGUCCUUCCUUCCCAAGACUACUCAGCUCCACCUCCCCAACACCAACCGCAACAAUUAACACCACAACCCUUACCUCAACCUGCUGUCCCAACCGGCCCUGCACCGAUGGACGUUGACUCUGAUGCUUCAAAGCCGAUUGUGGCCACGGCGCGGAAGGUGAGCCCUGCAGCAAACGGCGCGUCGGCCCCAACCCCGCCCACAAAAUCUGUCCGCCAGAAAGAGGCGCCCCCGCCCUUGCCUACUGGUAGUGGGCUGCUCUCUGGUACCCCGUUCGGCCCUGUCACCACCACCGUCAAAGGCGCCGAGGGCCCGACUGCACCAAACAUAUACCUCACCUUCGACCUCAAGGGACGCGAGAACACCACCAUCAACGUUGCACUCGAGAUCGAGAAGAAAUAUGGUUUCGCCGCCCUGCACCCACGCAUCGCUGCUCGUCAAGAACGCCAACGCCAGAUCAAGAAUGCCAGUGCCGCCCUCGAGCGGGCUGCUGGUCUGUCCGCCGAUGAAAUGUCAGUCGAUCUGUCCGAAAACGAGAGCAACGUCGAGAUGGGCGGAAUGGACGACAACGCUUCGAAUACCGAGAACGGCAAGAAGCGGCGCAAGCGAAAGCAGGAAGACUACGACAAGGAGGAUGACUUCAUCGACGACACAGAACUUGCCUGGGAGCAGCAGGCACUCAUGGCCAAAGACGGCUUCUUUGUGUAUAGCGGCCCUCUCGUGACGGAGGAGAAGCCAUCUGUGGAGAGGGCUGAUGGCACCGUUAGACGCGGGCGGGGUCGAGGUCGCGGCGGCACAACACGAGGCGAGACGGCUGGUAGAGGGCGCGGUCGCGGCGGGGGUCCUGGCUCUCGUGGUGGUCAAACCGUCCGCAAACCUCGUGUUACCAAGGCUGACCGUGCUGCGAUGGAACAGGAGAAGAUCGCACGAGAGAAACUGGGCGAGUCCAUCGCAAAGCAACCCACGCCAGGCACGGCUGGCCCCGUUGGAUCCGCCUAGGAAAGCUCGCCAGGCGUACC